ACCUAAGGUACCUAAACUGAAACCGAGGUUUUCCCUAGGUACCGCCGUUUGAAAGGUUACUAGACCCGACGCGACUCGUUCCUUUCAUCAUUCCGACCUUCCUGAGGCUACACCAAAAUUUCUUUCAGCCCUGUUGUCGCAUUCAUCAUCAUACCACAAGCACAUUACUUUGCGCUGUCGCAAUUUUUUUGCUAACUUCUUCUUGCAUUUUCUUGAUGAUUUUAUGAUACCCUGGAUUGCCGAUUUCGAGGCUCAAGGAGGCUCAAGGUCUGCACCACCUCGGCCUACCUUUUAGCUUAGCAUCCAACAUCCAAUCCCAUCAACUCACCCCAUCUCCUACCAGCCUAUGAGUCCUUGAGAAUACAGUCAAUAAAUUCCAUCAAUAGAUAAUCCAUUCCUGUUUGGCUUAGGCCCCGUCAGGGAUCACAGUCCGUGUAUCGCCAAAGCGCAUCCCAGUACCGUUACUACUCCGACGAACAAUCUCCCAAGCACGUCCUCAUUAGCAACGCCAUCCUAAUAUAUAUUUUACGACUUCCCUCUCAUAAAUUAGAUCACUUAGCGCAAGCACCUAGAAACAUCAACAUGUUCUUCCUCUACAAUCUCGAGCGAAGGGUUACCCUUCACCCUUCCUACUUCGGCAAGAACAUGCACGAGUUGGUUACAGGCAAGCUCCUCAAGGAUGUCGAAGGCACGUGUACUGGAAGUUACUAUAUCAUUUCCAUCAUGGAUACCUUUGACAUCUCCGAAGGUCGCAUUCUUCCGGGAAGUGGUCUCGCUGAGUUCACUGUCGGCUAUCGUGCUGUGGUCUGGCGUCCUUUCAAGGGCGAGACGAUGGAUGCCAUAGUAGUCUCGGUCAAUCAGCAUGGUUUCUUUGCUGAAGCUGGACCUCUUCGAAUCUUCGUGUCCACCCACUUGAUUCCACAAGAAGUCAAAUGGGACCCGAACGCUACACCGCCUCAGUUCACUAACAAUGAGGACACCACGAUCGAGGUGAACACACAGGUUCGUGUCAAAAUAGUGGGCACGCGGGCCGAAGUCGGUGAGUUAUGGGCAAUUGGCAGUAUCAAGGAAGAUUACCUCGGAACCCUACAAAACUAGACAGAUCGAGUGCGUUUUGGGCCUCAAAGGUCCCCUUUCUGUGCUUGGCGCUUGUCCGUCUAUGAGGCGGAAGAUUUUGUGCAUUCAUGAGGGCACACACGCAGUCCAUAGGAUAUAGGCCUUAGUACCAUAGGAGCUAUUGUCCUUAUCAAUAGUAGUACUGCAUAGGGCAUCUUUAUGCAAGGUAAAGUCACAGAGACCGGAUUCUUGCGAAUUUGGGAUGAGCUAGGUGAUUAGGCUCAUCACCUAAAUGGCAUCUAACAUUCAGUCUUAGCAUUGACGUUCGAUAACUCUCUUCGUGGGACAUGACGUCUAUGGCUUGAAGUAAACAAAGGAAUAUCCCCUAGGGAAAGAAAUCUACGCAGAGCCUCAAACUCUAUUAAUAUGUAAUCCCAGGAACUGCCGUUCAUAGCGUAAACACCAGAUACAACUCUGAUGUUUUGGUGGGAAGCAAUUAGCUUGUCCGGUAGUUAACGUUAGAUUAUGACCAAUAUAAUAUAUGGACAUUAUCUGA